CUUGAGAUUUCUAAUUGCUCUGCACGUCCCUCAUGUCUUCCCUUCGCGCUCUCCGCCAACUAUCUUCAAUCUCCCGGACUGUUUCCCUGAGGGGGAAACACUCGCCGCGUCUGCAUUUGCUAGCGGCUACUGGACGCGCGCUCCCAUCCACGACCCUUCGCGCGUUCUCGGUUUCCACGCCCACUCGCAGUGCUACCCCCGCUUCCACCGCCCUCCUUGAAAAACUUAAGGAAGAGCUCGACUACGAGGUGAAAGCUGCGAGCGACAGCGGAGAGCAGUUGCCCGAAGUGCUUUCGGCUUUCCUUUCGGAAGGCGUAUGGAAGCUGGAGGAUGUCCCGGGGAACGACGAGGUGCUGCUGUUUGGGAAGUAUGAGAAUGAGACCAUCCGCGUCAUGUUCUCCAUCGCCGACCUCCAGACCGUUGACGAAAGCCCUGAGAAUGAAAUGGAGGAGGAGGAGGAGGAAUCCGAAACACCCACGGAGCUGCGCGUGCGCGUAACUUUCUCCAAGUCUAACGCGCCGGGUGCGAUGACGGCCGACUUCUACUGCUCCAACGGCGUGCUUCAGCCGGCCAAUGUCUCGUACUAUGCGGACAGCGAGACCGGCACGGGGCUCACCAUGGACGCCGAUUUCACGCGACGUCUGCUGUACAACGGGCCUGUGUUUGAGACCCUCGACGCUGGACUGCAGGAGCAAUUUGACGCGUUUUUCCGUGAACGCGGGAUCGACGAGGCACUGGGUGUCUUCAUCCCGGAAUACGCACAGUGGAAGGAGCAAAGGGAAUAUAUCGCAUGGCUGGAGGGCGUGCACAAGUUUGUAGGAGCGUAAAUGCUCGUGCAAGAGCUCGUAUCAAAAGCAUCGUACAAGAUGCAUCUAGUAUACAAUCUUUCUGCUCGCUCCCUGCGUGAGCUGAAUGCGGCUCAGUUCCAUUCGAAGUCUUAAGCUUUAGGCCGGAUGCAUGGAAUGUGAAUCUCGUCGAGGGACCAGAGUACUCGGAAAAGAUACACGAUCAAAAGGGUGUGUCAUGCUGGUCGGCAAGCAGAGACCGCAAAGCUUCGUUCUCAAUACACCGAGAGCCGUUGGCGGAAAAGUGGGGCAAGCACUUGUUGACAAUCCACUUGCCUGCGAUGUCGAGAACCCCCCUGGAAUCUAUGCGCAGUCAAUUUCGAAGCUGGCGUAUGAGCACCCUCCACCUGCGCAGAUAGGAUCAUGAGAGUCCACUCGGGGGAGAUUUCAGGAACAUACGCACAGCUAUCCAAAUCCGACUGGGUAUCGAUGCAUUCCCAAAAGAUGGCAAUGCGGCCUGAUACCCGGCAAGAACGUCGCCCGCGACAGCACUUGGACGCCGGAGUAGCAUCCCUGCGGCGCAUGGGCCGAUACAUAGAUUGAAUCGACUCGCUGAUAUCCCCAUGGACGAAAGGUGGGCCCGUCCCACCAGAUCUCACCGCAAGUUAGUGAUUAACCGGCGCACAAGUGUUGGUACCAGUGAAUGCGGCACCACUCCCGAGCACGAGAGGAGCCGCAUGAGUUGCGUGGUCGGUAGCAACCUGAUAAAGAUGCUCAAGAUAUACCGCCUUCCUUCUUUUGCAGCUCCAAGAUCACUUCCCAUUGAUAGUCAUAGGGAUAGAGGGACCCGACCAAGGAAUAAACUGGAGCGAAUCGCGAGACAUUGUAGAGAAAAGACUUUCAAUUCAGCGGCAGAAGGAAAGGUGGCGAACGAAUGAUCCCAAUCGCUUCCGGUGCAGAGAGCCUGAAGCCGAGUGUUUGGAAGUUAGUGGCGUGAGCAGGGGAGGCAGGGAGGCAGGGAAUCCGGGGACUAGGGGAAGUCAUUUGCUUUCUCGAACCUCACGAGCUCGUCAGAAUGCCAGAUAGAUCAACUUUCUACAGAACUUGGAAAUGAGUUAAAUAUCCUUCAUCCACAAGGAACGUUCUCAAGUGGUGUGGGCAAAACGUUGAGAGAGUUAGGGGUGACCACUGUAGAUAAUCGGAAAGCA